AUGCCCAAAGCCGCUGAUGGCAUGAGCGAGGCUUCCAAACCCACCUCUGGCAAUGCGCCUCCUCGUCUUUCACGGAAUCGCGGUAUCAUCAACGGCCGUACGGUUAUGGCGCCGCUGGCCGCCUUUACCAUGGCCGGUCUCCUCUUCGUUUACGCUCGAACAUCAAUACGUGCUGCCAAGCUCAAUGCGCAAAAGCACCGAGAAGCAGAUGGAGGACAGAUCAGCUGGCACAAAGAGAGCCUGAGGCGCCAUGGGCAGAUAGAGCGAGUGGAUGAUGACAGGGGAACAUUUGGAGAGGCGCUCAUGGGAGAUAUCCGCAGGAAGAAACAGCAAAAAGUCGAGGAGAAUCAAAACGUCUCGACGGAGCGGUCGGACAACGAAGCGGAGCUGAGGAAGAUUAUAGGCAAGAAAGACUGA